AGUCAACGACACUUGCCACUUGAUGAAAACAUUUGUUACAUCAGAAAAUAACAAAAAGCAACUGAUUUCAAAUGAACACCAGAAUAUUUAAAUAACAAUCAUGCUAUAUAAUACGAUGAGCUAACUAGUUUUGUUUCAGUUUUAGUGAGGAUUUAUUUUCGUGGCAAUUGCGUGCAAUUGGCUGCGCAUCAUUGGCAUCGCAAAUAUCCAACUUCGAAUAAAAUGCCCAACUUCCUAUACGUAAUCAGUCUGUUACGUUCGUGGCGCAUCGACGCUGAGGAGACCGUGCGUCCGAUGAAUCCGCCAACGCCUAUCAUUCAAGUUAUACCCAACAUAUACGAUGCCGACCAGCAUACCGUCGAUGUUAAGAAACAGAAAGCUCUGCAAGAAAUCCUUCAGCAGCUACCAUCAGCACCAUCGCAGCUAGAAGCGUUGCCACCGCCAGCAGUUCGCAAUACUGGUUCGACCAAGGCAAUGGAUUCAAUUUCAAACGACAAGAAGGAAGAUUCCCCUUACACAUCUGAAAAUAAUAAUGAAGCUAGAAACAAUUGGAAUGGACUUUUAUCAAAACUGCGAUAUUUUCGUCCAUGGAAUUUAUUGAUGCAAAGCGCUCCUGGAGACUCAGCCGAAUUGCAAGGAAUGUUGCCAUCAGGAAUAACCAUUGAAAAGUCGGUGGAGGGAAAAGGAAAAGAUAUUGCGGAUGGUGGUGCCAGCGGCGGAGGUGGAGGAGGUGGCGCAGAGCCAGGGAUUUGUCUAAUGAUUGAAAGUCCUUUUCGUAUACUUCGUGCUGCGGAAAGUGGUAAUUUGGAAACUUUUAAAAGAUUGUAUUUUGCUGAGCCCACCCGCCUCGCAAUCCAGGAUAUACGGGGUCGUACUGCAACGCAUCAGGCAGCUGCACGCAAUCGUAAAAACAUUCUUGAAUUCAUUGUCGCACAAGGUGGUGACAUGAACGUACUGGAUAAUGCGGGUAACACACCACUUCACGUCGCAGUCGAGAACGAAGCACUAGAUGCGGUCGAUUAUCUUUUGGAAGUAGGCGUGCAGACAAAUAUAUUAAACGAAAAAAAGCAAGCACCCAUUCAUCUCGUCACCGAGUUGGACAAGGUGAGCGUGCUUAAAGUCAUGGGUAAACAUCGCGAUAAGAUCGACAUUCAACAGGGUGGCGAACAUGGCCGCACUGCACUUCACAUUGCGGCGAUCUUCGAUUUUGAAGAAUGCGCUAAAAUAUUGAUGGAAAAGUUUGACGCAAGUCCGCGAAAACCAUGCAACAAUGGCUACUACCCCAUCCAUGAAGCUGCAAAGAACGCUUCAUCCAAAAGUCUCGAAGUGUUUCUGCAGUGGGGCGAGUCUAGAGGUUGCUCUCGGGCAGAGAUGAUCUCGUUCUUCGAUUCGGAAGGCAACGUUCCUCUUCACUCAGCUGUCCAUGGUGGAGACAUCAAAGCAGUAGAACUAUGUCUUAAGUCUGGAGCAAAAAUCUCGACGCAACAACACGACCUCUCUACCCCAGUACACCUCGCUUGUGCACAAGGUGCCACUGAAAUAGUCAAAUUAAUGUUCCGCCUGCAACCAGAAGAGAAAACUAUAUGUUUAGCCUCCAUGGAUGUGCAGAAAAUGACGCCAGUUCAUUGCGCCGCCAUGUUUGAUCAUCCCGAAAUUGUGGAGUACUUGAUCAUGGAAGGUGCUGACGUAAACGUUAUAGAUAAGGAAAAGCGAUCUCCAUUGUUGCUGGCUGCAUUAAGAGGAGGAUGGAGAACCGUAGACACUCUCAUUCGGCUUGGUGCAGACAUUAACAUCAAAGAUUGCAACCGACGAAAUGUGUUACAUUUAGUGGUAAUGAACGGUGGCCGCUUAGAGCAAUUUGCAGCAGAAGUGAGUAAGGCGCAGUCCCAGGCCAGCCUUCUCCAACUUCUGAACGAGAAAGACUCCACUGGCUGCUCUCCGCUGCACUAUGCCAGCCGGGAAGGACACAUUCGCAGUUUAGAAAAUUUGAUACGUCUGGGAGCAUGCAUAAACCUAAAAAAUAACAAUAACGAAAGCCCACUUCAUUUUGCUGCAAGAUACGGUCGGUUCAACACGGUACGGCAAUUGCUUGAUUCAGAAAAGGGCACUUUCAUUAUCAACGAAAGCGACGGCGAAGGAUUGACACCGCUCCACAUCGCCUCCAAACAAGGACACACACGUGUUGUGCAAUUACUGCUAAAUCGCGGCGCGCUCUUGCAUCGCGAUCAUAAUGGACGCAAUCCACUGCAUUUGGCAGCAAUGAAUGGCUAUACACAGACUAUUGAAAUGCUUUACUCUGUGCACUCUCAUUUAUUAGAUCAAACUGAUAAGGACGGGAAUACUGCACUUCACUUAGCGACAAUGGAAAAUAAACCUAACUCUAUUGUCCUCCUGUUGUCAAUUGGUUGCAAACUUUUAUACAACUGCAUGGAAAUGAGCGCAAUGGACUACGCAAUUUAUUACAAGUUUCCAGAAGCUGCGCUAGCAAUGGUCACGCACGAAGACAGAGCUGAGGAAGUCAUGACGCUGAAAUCGAACAAACAUCCAUGUGUGACGCUUGCGUUGAUAGCUUCCAUGCCGAGAGUGUUUGAAGCCGUACAGGACAAGUGCAUAACAAAGGCCAACUGUAAGAAAGACUCAAAGUCAUUUUACAUUAAAUACAGUUUCUCGUGUUUGCAAUGCCCACAAUUCUAUGCCGAAAUGGAUGGCAAGCCGGGUUCGGCAUUCAACGUGGCCAAACCAAUUCCUUUGCCAGCUUUAAAUGCAAUGGUCAACCAUGGACGCGUCGAGUUGUUGGCACAUCCACUCAGUCAAAAAUAUCUCCAAAUGAAAUGGAACUCCUAUGGGAAAUACUUUCAUCUAGCGAAUGUAUUAUUUUAUAGUAUAUUCUUGGGUUUUGUCACGUGCUUCUCUUCGCAGCUAAUGAACACGCAGGAACCCUCUGAAGAGUUUCUCAAAUCAAUUGAAAACUCUACAUUUAGAACGGAAUUGUUAAAUCAAUAUCAUGAAGAGCAUCGCAUUACUCCAAUGAUGUACAUGAGCGCUUUGGGAACAAUGACUUACAUCGGUUUAAAUUCAAUACGUGAAAUGAUACAAAUCUAUCAACAAAAAUACUUAUACUUUCUGGAUCCUAUCAACUUGGUUUCAUGGGUGCUUUAUACCUCUUCGAUCAUUAUGGUUGGGCCGAUAUUUAUUGAGGGCACGCCUGACGUUCAAUAUUCUUGCGCGUCACUAACUGUUUUCUUGAGCUGGCUAAAUUUGCUGCUGCUUCUGCAAAGAUUCGACCAAGUUGGAAUAUACGUCGUGAUGUUCUUAGAGAUUUUACAAACUUUGAUCAAAGUACUAAUGGUAUUUUCCAUUUUGAUAAUUGCAUUUGGGAUGGCGUUUUAUAUCCUAUUAUCACGGGGUCAACAUGUGUCGUUCAAAACCAUUCCGAUGUCGCUAGUGAGAACGUUUUCGAUGAUGCUUGGAGAAAUUGACUUCUUGGGCACAUAUGUGCAGCCAUUUUACUCCCAAGCCGCACCACGUACUCUCCCGUUUCCACUACCGACUUUUCUAAUGCUUGGCAUCUUUAUGGUGCUGAUGCCAAUUCUGUUAAUGAACCUGCUAAUUGGUCUUGCUGUAGGAGACAUUGAAUCAGUGAGGCGGAAUGCUCAGCUUAAACGUUUGGCAAUGCAGGUGGUGUUACACACAGAGUUAGAACGUAAAUUGCCGCAAAUGUUACUGGAAAAGGUAGACAAAUGCCACAUAAUCGAAUAUCCUAAUGACACCAAGUGUAAGCUCGGAUUCCUCGAUUCAAUUCUUCGCAAAUGGUUCGGCAAUCCAUUUUCUGAUGACGGCACUAAAGCUGUAGACCGAUCGCCAUGGCAAUGUAACAGAUCACAGAUAAUCGGUCUUGACAUGGUCAUGGAAAGCAGUGAGGAUUACGUCGUGCACGAAAUAGACAAAACAAAGAAAAAGUUGAGAGAUAUUGCCAUCAUGAUGGAAAGUCAACAACAACUAUUAAGGCUCAUCGUUCAAAAAAUGGAAAUUAAAACAGAAGCUGACGAUGUUGAUGAAGGUGUUCCACCAAGCGAAAUGCAUUGCACGGGGCACUCCAGCAAAUGGACGUCGCCGAAAAUUCGCAAGAAAUUACGCUCGGCAAUCAGUUUUAACAAAGGCCAGCACAAUUAAGAUUAUAAUCCCUAUUAAUCAAUUUAUUAAUAUCUUUGAAGUUGUUAAGUGUUAUGAAUAAGGAAAUGCAGGGUCAAAGAGAUACAGUUAAGGCAUUACUUAUUACAAAUUUAUAUAUAGAUCAAUUUUACCCAAAGAGGUAUUGCAUGUAAUAAUAUAUAGUAAAAGGAAAUUGCAACUCAAACAAUUUUGUUUCUACUGGGAUCAACUUUAUUCUGGGCAAUGAAAAAGUUAAUCGUUUUAAUGCACAACCAGUUAAUUCUUUACUUAAAUGUACUUAUUAAAUGUGAUAUUCUUAAAACAUUAAAAGUAUUUCUUGUAGAAUAUAUUCAUAUGCA